AUGGAAGCUGCACAUUUUUUCGAAGGGACCGAGAAGCUGCUGGAGGUUUGGUUCUCCAGGCAGCAACCUGACGCAAACCAAGGAUCUGGGGAUCUUCGCACCAUCCCAAGAUCCGAAUGGGACAUACUUUUGAAGGAUGUGCAAUGUUCAAUCAUAAGUGUGACAAAAACUGAAAAGCAGGAAGCUUGUGUACUCAGUGAGAGUAGCAUGUUUGUCUCCAAGAGACGUUUCAUUUUGAAGACAUGUGGUACCACCCUCUUGCUGAAAGCACUGGUUCCCCUGUUGAAACUUGCUAGGGAUUACAGUGGGUUUGACUCAAUUCAAAGCUUCUUUUAUUCUCCUAAGAAUUUCAUGAAGCUGCCUCACCAAGGGUACCCACACUGGAAUUUCCAGGAAGAAAUGGAGUUUCUUAAUGCAAUUUUCCCAAAUGGAGCAGCAUAUUGUAUGGGACACAUGAAUUCUGAUUGCUGGUACUUGUAUACUUUGGAUUUCCCAGAGAGUCGGGUAAUCAAUCAGCCAGAUCAAAGCCUGGAAAUUCUGAUGAGUGAGCUUGACCCAGCGGUUAUGGACCAGUUCUACACGAAAGAUGGUGUUACUGCAAAGGAUGUCAUUCAUGAGAGUGGAAUUCGUGACCUGAUACCAGGUUCUGUCAUUGAUGCCACACUGUUCAAUCCUUGUGGGUAUUCAAUGAAUAGAAUGAAAUCGGAUGGAACUUAUUGGACUAUUCACAUCACUCCAGAACCAGAAUUUUCUUAUGUUAUUGAAACAAACUUAAGUCAGACCUCCUAUGAUGACCUGAUCAGGAAAGUUGUGGAAGUCUUCAAGCCAGGAAAAUUUGUGACCACCCUGUUUGUAAAUCAGAGUUCUAAAUGUCGCACAGUGCUUUCUUCGCCCCGGAAGAUUGAAGGUUUUAAACAUCUUGAUUGCCAGAGAGCUAUGUUCAAUGAUUACAGUUUUGUUUUUACCAGUUUUGCUAAGAAGCAGCAACAACAGCAGAGUUGA